AUUCGGCGUGAAACUGGUGUUGAUGUAGAAGUGAUGGAUGUUGGCCAUCUACUGUCGCCCUGUCCCCACAACGCGAGCGCGUCGACUCCGCGGUAGCUCGUCGCGUGUCUGGCCAGCCUCCAUCAGCAACAUCGUCAUUCAUAUCUGCUCGCCACACCCUCCAUAUCCUUACUGAACUUGACUAAGACUAGAGGAAAGUGUCGCCUAGGCCCUAGCACACCAAUUCACCUUCGAAAUCGCAACAAUGGGCAUCAAACGCAAGCACUUCGACGACGCAUCUCCCACAUCAAUCUCCAGCUUCGGCGCCGUUUCGACACCAGACGCGCAAUCACCGACGCGAUCCCCCCACGGUCCGAACGUCGCAAUGGACAUAGAAGUCGAGUCCGCACUGCGAAGCAAUGGCUGGGACUUCACGUGCGCGCAGCGAACAAAGAGCAGCGACUGGGGGAACCGCACGCGCAAACGAGUCCGCGACAACCGGCCCGACGAGCGCGCAAUCCACGAGAACACAGUGCACAAGCUGUUCUUCGCGCAACGUCAAUCGCACGCUUCACCCGUGCGUUCCGUCCCAGCAGACGCCCAAUCCGCUCUCACGGUCACAAAACCGCAGAAGUCGACACUCCACUCGUUCUGGAAUAUCGCAGCGCCGCCCGUUCAGACACCCAUCUUCUCGUACCAAACGCCACACGCACAAAUCGGGUGGCAAGGACCGCGGUGCGAGGACUGCGAUGCGCGGCUUGAAGUUGAGGAAGGCAGGAUGGAUAUCGAUAUGGACAUGGAUGGGAUGGGAAACGAGGGGGCGUUUGCGUGCAGGGAGUGUGGGAGGAGUGUUUGUGGGACCUGUGCGGUGGUCGGGGAUGUGAGGACAUGUUUGCAGUGUGCUACGUGUGGGUAUUGAGCGAAUUGGCACGAGCUUGGUAUGAGCGGUGCUUUUGUGCACAUUCCUGUAAGCGUAAGAUAUCCUGACAUAGUUAUUUAGCGCGGCGUUUGGGGGCAUGGACUUUGGGAAGCUGCUGC